AUGGCACAUGCAAUUAGCGAGAAAACAGACGAAAAAGACUGGGGAGAUGAGAAAAUCGAAGAUGUCGGUCAACCAGCGCUCAACAAUAUCGACUACGAUGAAGAGUACACCUAUCAGGAACAGCGCAAGAUAAUUCAUCGAGUCGAUCGACGAUUGGUCACCAUGACCGGACUCUCAUAUUGUAUUUCGUUGAUGGACCGGACGAAUCUGAGUAUGGCAGCUGUGGCUGGCAUGACCAAAGAUCUGGCGCUGGAUAUCGGAUACCGCUAUUCUCUUGUGGUUCUUCUGUUCUUCGUCCCCUAUGUCCUAUUCCAGCCUCCGAUGACGGUGAUAACGAGGAAAUUGGGUCCUACCUUUUUCUUGGGGAGCAUUAUCGUCGCAUGGGCUGCCAUUAUGGUGGGAAUGGGUUUCACGAAGAAUUGGAAGGACAUGCUUGUUUGUCGUAUACUCCUCGGUCUUCUGGAAGCAGGUUAUUUUCCCGGUUGUGUGUACCUUCUGUCCAGUUGGUACGUCCGGUACGACGUUCAAAAACGCUUUUCCAUAUUCUACCUGAUCGGCUGUGUGGCAUCAGCACUGUCUGGUAUCCUCGCCUUCGGACUGAUGCAAGCCGACGGUCGUGAAGGAUUGGAGGGUUGGAGAUGGAUCUUCAUCCUGGAGGGCGUGAUCACCGGCGUAAUAGGAAUCCUUGCGUUGAUAUUCUUGGUCGACUUCCCAGACAGGGCACACAAGUCAUGGAGAUUCUUGACUGAGAAAGAAUGUGCCUUCAUCGUCCGGCGUAUCAAUCGAGACCGUUCUGAUGGCGAUUCCGAGCCAUUCAGUCUAAAGCGGUUUAUGAAGCCCGCUCUGGACUUGAAGAUUUGGGGAUUCGCGAUGAUUUUCCUUUGUGUCACCGCCGUCACUUAUGCCAUCGCAUACUUCCUCCCUAUUAUCCUUCGCGAAGGCAUGGGCUAUGGCAUCGGCGCUUCGCAAUGCCUAGUCGCGCCCCCGUACGGAUUCGCCGGCAUCGUCAUGUUUGCCGGUGCAUGGGUAGGAGACAAGUAUCGCGUACGAGGAGCCAUUGUGGCAUUCAAUGCGUUGCUUUGCAUCCUUGGCCUGCCCAUGAUGGGCUUCGCGACGGGAAACGCCACACGCUACGCAGGCGUGUUCUUUGCCGUAGCCGGAUCGAAUGCCAAUAUUCCCGCAACCAUGGCAUAUCAAGCUAACAAUAUUCGAGGACAAUGGACUCGUGCUCUGUCCAGUGCCACGCUUGUUGGUUUUGGAGGUAUUGGUGGGAUCGUCAGCAGUGUUGCGUUUCGAUCGCAGGAUGCGCCGGAGUAUCGGCCGGGAAUGUGGACGACUAUCGCUUGCAAUCUCUUGAUACUGGUCAUCGUCCCGGCACUCAGCGUGUGGUUCUGGUACUGUAAUAAGCAAGCAGAGCGUGGAAAGAGAGUUAUUGAAGGGGCACCAGACUUUCGAUACACUAUAUAG